AGGCCCGGGCGCCGCGGGUGGGUGGGUGUGUGCGGGCCGCGCAGGGCGCCCUUGUGCGGGGCCAUGGAGCCUCCGGCCCCGGGGGCCGCCCCGGCCUCCCCGUCCUCGUCGUCGUCGUCGUCGUCGUCGUCGUCGUCGUCGUGGUGGUGGUCCUCCUCCCGCUCGGGAUCGGGGCCGGGGGCGGCGGGGGGCGCGGGGGAGCUGGCGGCCGAGCGGGAGGCGGAGGAGAGCCACCGGCAGGACAGCGCCAGCCUGCUCACCUUCAUCCUGCUGCUCACCCUCACCAUCCUCACCAUCUGGCUCUUCAAGCACCGCCGCGCCCGCUUCCUCCACGAGACCGGACUCGCCAUGAUCUACGGCCUGAUCGUCGGGGUGAUCCUGAGGUACGGAUUUCCGGCCAGCGGGAGCCGGGAGCAGCCCCUGGCCUGCUCUCCCGGGGCCCGGCCCUUCACCACGCUGCUCGUCAACGUCAGCGGGAAAUUCUUCGAGUACACCCUGAAGGGCGAGAUCAGCCUCGGGAAGAUCAACAACGUGGAGCAGAACGACAUGCUGAGGAAGGUCACUUUCGAUCCCGAGGUCUUUUUCAACAUCCUGUUGCCUCCCAUUAUUUUCCACGCCGGAUACAGUUUAAAGAAGAGACACUUUUUUCGCAACCUGGGAUCUAUUCUGGCUUACGCCUUCCUGGGCACCGCGGUCUCCUGUUUCAUCAUUGGGAACCUCAUGUAUGGCGUGGUGAAACUGAUGAAGCUGGUGGGACAGCUCUCCGAGAAGUUUUACUACACCGACUGCCUCUUGUUCGGAGCCGUGAUCUCCGCCACCGAUCCAGUGACGGUGUUGGCGAUAUUUAACGAGCUACACGCCGACGUCGAUCUCUACGCCCUGCUGUUCGGAGAGAGCGUGCUGAACGACGCCGUGGCCAUCGUGUUGUCUUCGUCGAUCGUCGCCUACCAGCCCGCGGGGGAGAAUUCCCACGCCUUCGACGCCGCCGCCUUCUUCAAAUCGGUGGGCGUGUUCCUGGGCAUCUUCAGCGGCUCCUUCGCCAUGGGGGCCGUGACCGGCGUCGGGACCGCCCUGGUGACCAAGUUUACCAAGCUGCACUGCUUCCCCUUGCUGGAAACGGCUCUCUUCUUCCUCAUGUCCUGGAGCACCUUCCUGCUGGCCGAAGCCUGCGGAUUCACAGGCGUCGUAGCCGUGCUCUUCUGUGGAAUCACCCAGGCCCAUUACACCUUCAACAACCUGUCGGCGGAAUCCAGGAGCCGGACCAAGCAGCUCUUCGAGGUGCUGCACUUCCUGGCGGAGAACUUCAUCUUUUCCUACAUGGGCUUAGCCCUCUUCACCUUCCAGAAGCACAUUUUCAGCCCCAUCUUCGUCAUCGGAGCAUUCGUGGCCAUCUUCCUCGGUCGAGCGGCACACAUCUACCCUCUCUCCUUCUUUCUCAACCUGGGCCGCAGGCAGAAGAUCGGCUGGAAUUUUCAGCACAUGAUGAUGUUCUCAGGCCUCCGGGGAGCGAUGGCCUUCGCCCUGGCGAUCCGCGAGACGGCCACGUACUCCCACCGGAUGAUCUUCUCCACCACCCUGCUCGUCGUCUUCUUCACCGUCUGGGUCGUCGGCGGGGGGACGACCCCCAUGCUCUCGUGGCUGAACAUCAGAGUCGGCGUCCGGAAUACGUCGAGCGAGGAUCCGAGCGGCAGCCGCUGGCGGUACCUCAGAGUCGGAGUGGAUCCGGACGAGGACCCGCCGCCGAGCCACGACAGCUUCCAAGUCUUACAGGGGGACGGGGCCGAAUCGGGAAGCGGAAACCGGACGAAGCAGGAGAGCGCCUGGAUCUUCCGUCUGUGGUACGGCUUUGACCACAAUUACCUGAAGCCUAUUCUCACGCACAGCGGCCCGCCGCUAACCGCCACCCUCCCGAGCUGGUGUGGCUUGAUCGCCCGUUGCCUGACCAGCCCCCGGGUUUACGAGAACCGGGAGCAGCCGAGGGACGGGGACGCGGACCUGAUCCUCAACGACGGGGACCUCACCCUGACCUACGGCGACGUCGCGGCCAACGGCUCCUCCGCCCCCGCCGGCCCGGCCGGCCCGGGCUCCGAGGAGGGGGAGGCCCCGGGGGCCGGCGGGCCCGGGGGUCGGGCCCGGGGGACCCGGCUGGUCUUUCCCCUGGAGGACAACGCGUGACGCGGCCGGCCCGGAGCCGGCGGGGCCGUGGGGGGACGGGGCGGGCGGGGAGGGACCCACCGGUCGGCUCUCCUUCGGCCCGGGGCCUCCCGGUCCACCUCUUCGCCCUUCCUUUCCCGUUCAAGAUGCCGCCGGGGGGUUGGUGGGGGGGUCCGACCUGCUCCCGGCGUCAGUCCCGGCCGAUUCGAGACGCGGCGGCGGC